AUGAUUCUUUUGAUUUCAAGUUGGGUAUUUGCGUGCUUGGUAUUGACGUUUCUCGUCAAAUUCUUAUAUGAUGUAUGGCUGAAUCCAAUCCGAAUACAGAGUUCACUUAGGGCACAGGGAGUUAGAGGUCCUGCUUACAGAUUCCUUUACGGAAAUUCACAGGAUUUGACGAAUCUGAGAAACGAAGCCUUGCGUAGUUCUACAGAACUAUCGUCGCAUCAAAUAAUAGCUAGAGUACAUCCUGACAUUCAUUUGUGGACCAAGCUAUAUGGGAAGAACUAUGUGAGUUGGAUCGGUGCUCGCCCUCAGUUGUUAGUCACAGAACCUAAGCUGAUAAAAGAAGCACUCUGCAACUGCAAUAAAGAUGAAGCAUAUCAAAAGCCAGAGUUUGAAUCUUUUGUCAAACAUAUGUUUGGGGAUGGACUUGUUACUACUCAAGGAGAAAAAUGGCAUCGGCAGCGUAAACUGGCUAAUCAUGCAUUUCAUGGCGAGAGCUUAAAAGGUACGAUUCCAGCAAUGAUCUUAAGUGUGGAGAUAAUGCUGGAGAGAUGGAGACAGAGUGAAGUAGGCAGAGAGAUUGAGGUGUACCAAGAAUUCAAGCUAUUAACAUCUGAUAUUAUUUCUAGGACUGCCUUUGGAAGCAGCUAUUUGGAGGGGCAGCAGAUUUUUGACAUGCUAGGGAAACUUGCUCUUAUCCUUAGCAGAAAUGGUUACCGAGUUAGAAUUCGCGCACUAGAAAAAUUUUGGAGAACAAAAGAUGACAUUGAAUCAGAAAAACUCGAGCAAGGGAUCCGAGACUCGGUGUUAGAGAUGAUAAAGAAGAGAGAAGAGAGUGAAGUUGAAAGCUGUGGAAGUGAUUAUUUUGGAGUGCUCCUGAAAGCUUAUAAGGAAACUGAUAAAACAAAGAAAAUAACAAUACAAGACAUAAUUGAUGAAUGCAAAACAUUUUACAUUGCUGGACAUGAGACUACCUCUAGUUUACUCACUUGGUGUAUGUUUCUUCUUGCAAUUCACUCCGAUUGGCAACAAAAAGCAAGGCAGGAAGUCAUUGAAAUAUUUGGCAACCAAAGUCCUACUAAUUCAGAUGAACUCACAAGGCUAAAGAUUAUGAGUAUGAUUGUCAACGAAACUCUAAGGUUAUAUCCUCCGAAUACCAAUCUGAUAAGGGAAGUUAAAAAGGGAAGCAGAUUAGGAAAGCUUAUAGCUCCUGCAAGAAUGGACUUAUUUAUUCCACCUUUAGUUAUGCAUCAAGAUCCUGAAAUUUGGGGAGAAGAUGCUCAUCUCUUCAAGCCAGAAAGAUUUGCAGAAGGUAUUGCUAAAGCUACAAAGAAUAAUAUUACGGCAUUUGUUCCGUUCGGUUUAGGACCAAGAAAUUGUGUUGGCAUGAACUUUGCUCUAGCAGAAACAAAGAUUGCUCUCUCCAUGAUCCUGCAGCAUUACAGUUUCACUUUGUCACCAAAUUAUGUCCACUCACCUGCUGUAGUUAUCGGGUUGUACCCACAAAAAGGCCUUCAAAUCAAUUUUCAUGCAUUGUAAGACCAAAAAUUGUUGUUUGCUGAAGCAGUUAUAUAUGAACUAGAUUGAAUUAAGUAUUUAGGAAAAACUUAAAUAUCUAACAU